AUGAAGAAACCACUAGUUGGUGUAUAUGAAUUAGAUGCCAUGAGUAUGUUCAAUGCCAAAUUUGAUGCUUUGACGAGAAAAAUGGAUAAGUUAAGCAUGAAGGUUGACUCAUCAAUUGGAGGAUCUAGUCAUACAGAAGAUGUUGGUACAGGAAAUAUACAUUGUAUCAAUGGUUUUCCUUCCUAUGGGCAAGAGUUUGGAAAUGAGCAAGUUGAUUUUGUUGGGAAUUACAAUCAGAAAUCAGUUGAGGAAAAGAAGAAAGAAGAUAAAGACAAGAAUGAAUUCACUUCGAAUCAUGAUGAAGUUAAUGAGGAAGCAAACAAGAAAAAGGAAAUUGAAAAAGAGGAAGAGGAAAAGUAUGUGCCUCCAACACCAUAUAAGCCACCAUUACCAUAUCCUCAAAGGUUUCAGAAAGCAAAGCUAGAUAAGCAGUUUGAAAAUUUUUUGGAAGUUUUGAAGAAGUUAUACAUCAACAUUCCAUUUACAGAUGCAAUUUCUCAAAUGCCCUCAUAUACUAAAUUCCUAAAAGAAAUUUUGUCAAACAAGAGGAGAUUAGAAGAUUAUGAAACUGUGGCAUUAACAGAGGAGUGUAGUGCUUUCUUACAGAAUAAACUUCCACUAAAAUUGAAGGAUCCAGGAAGUUUCUCUAUUCCUUGUCACAUUGGGGAUACUAGUAUUGAAAAAACAUUGUGUGAUCUUGGAGCUAGUGUAAGCUUGAUGCCACUCUCCAUCUGUGAAAAGCUAAAGGUAGGAGAUUUGAAGCCCACCACCAUUUCUUUGCCACUAGCUGAUAAAUCUAUCAAAUAUCCAGUGGGAAUUUUGGAGAAUGUACAAUUGAAGGUUGGAAAAUUUUUUAUUCCUGUGGAUUUUGUGGUUCUUGAAAUGGAAGAGGAUAUUCACAUAUCUAUCAUGUUGGGAAGGCCAUUUUUACCCACAGCAGGGCCUAUAAUUGAUGUAAAGAACGACAGAUUGACAUUAAAAGUUGGAGAAGAGGAGGUGGAAUUUAAUUUGAAUCAGAAUUUAAAGAAACAUCAUGGAGUUGAUCCUUGUUUAAGGGUGGAUGUUAUUGAUGAGAUUGUGGAAGCAGAAUUUAAGGAAAAAUAUCCUGAGGACCCUUUGGAGAAUUGUUUGGUACAUAGUAGAACAACAAAGGAUGAAAAUCCUAAAGUUGAAGCUUUUGCUCAAAUCUUGGAAGCUACUCAAGAAGUUGUAGGAGAUCAAGUUUUGCAAGUUGAAGAAUUGAAAUAUGAAGUUGCACAACCAUCUUUACUAGAUGAGAAGGACGCACCAAAGGUAGACCUCAAACCACUUCCAUCUACAUUAAGGUAUACUUUUCUUGGACCUAAUUCAACUUAUCCUGUCAUUAUUAAUGCAAAUUUGAGUGAUGUACAAGUUGAAAAAUUGCUGAGAGAGUUAAGAGCACAUAGGAAAGUCAUUGGUUACACCAUUGAUGACAUAAAAGGUAUAAACCCUAUCUUGUGCAUGCAUAGGAUUCUUUUAGAAGAUAAUUUUAAGCCUACCGUAGAACAUCAAAGAAGGUUAAAUCCUAAUAUGAAAGAGGUGGUGAAGAAAGAAGUCUUGAAACUGCUUGAAGCUGGGAUCAUUUAUCAUAUUUCUGAUAGUAGUUGGGUAAGCCCAGUUCAUGUGGUUCCUAAGAAAGGAGGUGUGACCGUUGUAAAAAAUGAAAAUAAUGAAUUGAUACCUACUAGAAUUGUCACAGGGUGGAGGAUGUGUAUAGAUUACAGGAAGCUCAAUAGUGCUACUAGGAAAGACCAUUUUCCCUUGCCUUUUAUUGAUCAAAUGUUAGAGAGAGGAAUUGAAGUGGACAAGGCCAAAGUAGAAGUGAUUGAGAAGAUGCCUCUACCAACUUCAGUGAAAGGAAUUAGAAGUUUUCUUGGGCAUGCUGGGUUCUACCGGCGAUUUAUAAAGGAUUUUUCAAAAAUUGCUAAACCUCUUACUAAUUUGUUAAAUCAUGAUGUUCCUUUUAAUUUUGACCACGCUUGUUUUGAUUCUUAUAAUAGGUUGAAGGAAGCUCUAACAAUAGCCCCUAUCAUGCAACCUCCGGAUUGGUCAUUGCCAUUUGAAAUUAUGUGUGAUGCUAGUGACUUUACUGUGGGAGCUGUACUUGGUCAGAAGAAAGAGAAGAGGUCUUAUGCAAUUUAUUAUGCCAACAAAACUUUAGAUGAUGCUCAAGUAAAUUAUGCCAUCACUGAGAAAGAAUUUUUAGCUGUGGUAUUUGCUGUGGAAAAGUUCAGAGCAUAUUUGGUUGGAUCGAAAGUGAUUGUCUAUACAGACCAUGCAGCCAUAAGAUAUUUGAUGAAUAAAAAAGAAACAAAGCCAAGACUGAUAAGAUGGGUUCUAUUGCUACAGGAGUUUGAUUUAUAA